AUGAAACCAUCUAAACUGCAAGAUCAUCUGAGAAGAUGCCACCCUGAUAAAACAGAGAAAAAUUUGAAAUACUUUCAAACACUCAAAGAUAAAUUUCAGAAGAGACCUACACUGGACAGAAUGUUCGCUUCGACGUCACAAAGAAAUGAUGAUGGUUUGCGGGCGUCUUACAAUAUCUCGCUACUUAUAGCAAAAUCCGGAAAACCGCAUACUAUCGGAGAGAAGUUAAUUUUGCCAGCCGUUGAAGAGGUUUUAAAAACUGUUUUACACAAACCUGCAUCUGAUAUCAUUAAAAGAAUUCCUUUAAUCAACAAUACUGUUGAAAGACGUAUUGAUGAAAUGAGUUCUGAUAUUGAAAGCUUCUUAUGUAAUUAUUUGCAAACGACCCAUUUCUCUAUACCACUGGACGAGUCAACUUUCCCUGAUAAUGCAGCAUUAUUAUUGGCAUAUGUUCGUUUUAUUAUGAAUCAAGCAAUCUACGAAGAACUGCUCUUCGCAAGAACUUUGAUAACCGACACUAAAGAACUUCUGGAUACUAAAGAUAAAAUUUUGAAAGAAAAAAUAAUGAAGAGGAAAACAGAGAUCGCCUAUUUGACAGAUUUGUUUACAAAAUUUAAUAUGGUUAACUUGCAAUUACAAGUAGACAAUUUAAAUUUGAUUAAAACAAAGUCCAUCUUAUCAGCGUUUCUUGCCAGAGUUAAACUAAUGAAGCAAAAUGUUCCACCACAGGAGAUUGAAUAGAACGACAAGUAGUUUUGCGGGAGCGUAGAUGAAAAAAUGGAGUCAGGUGGAUGUAGAUGCAGAUGGAAGUGCAUCAUUCAAGUAGAUGAAUCGUCGAUAACUUAGAAUUGUCCAGGCACACUUUUAGAUAAAAGUGUGAGCAUCUCAGUAACCCUUCUGACAAAACCAUGUAAAGAAUAAAAAUUCUCCUUAUGAACACA